AUAACUACAUUAAAAAAACAAAUCAGCUCCACAGAGUCAUGAAGAUGCAAAAUUCACUGGAGCUUCAUUCGAAUAUCCAGAAUAAAGAUGAGCUCCAAAGAACCACAAAAUCAUUACUAUCAGUCCAAAGUCAAAGACUUCAUGAUAGGUUUGUCCAUAAACCCAUGAUCUAUCGCAGCAUAAUCAACAGAAAAGAUAUUUUGGACAGUGGUGACUGCAGGCAAAACUUUGAAAUAAAAGCAAACACCAAGGGUAAUACUGGCAAUAUACAUCAGAAGAGGACUGUUAAGGGAAAAAUUCUUCCUACUUUGAAAGAAUUGUUGGAAAAGCAAGAUUACACAGGACAAAUCCAAAAGAAGAAGAAGCAAUUAAAGACACAAGAUGCAAAACAUGAAAAGAAGAAAGACAUAAGGCUGGCACCAUUCGAGACUGAUCAGAAAAUUGAAGAUGAGAUAGACGCUCUUAUGGAAAAGCAUUGUCAAACUAAAGCUAAAGAAGGAAGAGGAAAAGAACCAAGCAUUUCUAAAGUCAAUGACCUACAAAUGAAAUUGCAGCACCGGCUUCAAUGGCAUCAGGAGCAAAGAAGAAAUAAGCAUACAAACACGCCAGUCUCACAUGAGGAUGAAAAUGCUAAGGAUCAGAAUACGAGGAAAUCUUUGGCUGAGUUGAAACGGGAAAGUACAAAACCUGCGGAGUAUCGAUUCAGUGCUUUCAUUGGAGAGUAUUCUUAAAUAGAAAUAAUUAUUAAAAUAAUAAUGAUUAAAGAAUUGUGCAUAGAUUGGGUUAAAAGCAUAAUAAGAAAUUUGAAUUUUGAUUUGCUCUGCAGUUUGGAAUUAUUCUUAUGAAGAUCUAACAUGGGAAACCAUACUGUACAUUGCAAAAAUAGCGCUGUGAAUAAUCUUUGAGAGAACAUUUCCCAUUGGGGUUGCUCACUCACUAAAUUUGCACAAUUGGCAAUAAUGGAGCAAAUUGAUUUAACUCACCCACUUGUGCUGCCUUACAGUUGUUUUAAAAGAGCACCAUAAAUAAUUUGGUUGCAAUCUAUUCUUUUGUUUUAUUAUCUUUAUGUUGGUCGUCAUCGUUUAUAGAUGGCAGUUUCAUUGAACCCAGCAUUGGAGGUAGGGUUCAUUUGCACAACUCCAGCAUCAAAGUGAUAUGAGUGCAUGGCAAAUAAAGAUAUCUGAUCUCUCCCUGCCUCUAAGGGGACGAUGAAACAUACACCAAUGAGCACUCAGGAAGGAGCUGGCAACAACAGAAAGUGAACUGGGAGAUACAAACACCUUAGCCUCCGAAAAUGU